AUGAUCAUGGAAACUGAGUUUGACGCCUUUGAAAUCGACGACUUUGGCCCUUCGGUCCGGGUCCAGGUGCCAAGCACCAACGAGGGUCUCAGCCAAUUCAACCAGGCCUUUUUGGACCCGCAGCAACGCGCAUACGUCCAGCACAUCAACUUCCACGUCGUCCUCCCAGCCAUCAGUAAUAAGCGUCUGAAGAAGUUGCAGAGCUCAAAAGAAGCCGCGGAAAACGACACUCAUUUCACGAAAGCUGUCACGAAAUUCCUCGGUCGGCUGGCGAAAUGGGAGCGCCGCCGGUAUGGCCCGGGGAUCACGCUGAAGAUGAUCGUCGCGUCGCCGACGGACUGGCUAGUGGAGGAGAUGGAAGAGGACGGGGAGCUGUUUAAUACGCACAAUCACCGAGUCGCUCCAAUAUGGCAGGUGCGCGAUCACUUUCGGUACAUCCGGUUCGACGAGAGCGUGCUACCGCCGCCCGGGACUGGAUCAUCGCGACUGCCGCAGGUCGCGUGCGUCUCGGACUUUGAGUUCGACGGGGGCCCGGGUGGUCGCAAUCUGCAUCCCGACGUGAUUUCGGCCAUCUCGAGCGCCUUGACGUCGGCGAGGAAGAUGGAGUGGAGGUUGAGGCUGCCGACGCGCCGUCUCAUGUCUGCCCGGCGGGAAAUCCGGUCCGCUCUUGGGAAUGCACUGUUGAACACGGCGUUUCCGAGUCUUGUUGAGUUCAAAGUCAAGCUGGAGGAUGCGGAUCCCCAUGAUGAGACGUUUGAACCUGGCAAUCUGUUAGACAACGGCGAGCCGGAGGACAGAUUAAGUCUCGGUGUGCGGCGACUCUGCCAGCUUCCCACGCUUCGGAGAUUACAUCUAGAGUCGCUGUGGAUUUUAUCGCCAGUCGCCUUGGGCUCGCGACCGAAUCCAGAAGACAUGCUGUCCUCAUCUCUGGAAUACCUCUACGUGGACUGCGCUGUUACGACCCCGGAUGGAAGAUACUUACUGACCGGGAACCCUGAAAAAGCCAUGAUGGACGACGGAGGCUACGCGACAACCUCUGACGCAUCUCUAGCGACAUUCGACUCAGAUGAUUCGGACGCCUCAGACUUCCAACCGGACUUUGAGUGGGCCAAGCAGGCCGGCGAAUUCCCCGGGCGCUGGUUCCGACUGACCCCCGACCCAGCCACCUUCACACCCCUGGCUGUCUCUUUCGCCGAAACUGUUGCCAAGAUGCCAUCGCUGCGGCGAAUGGAUGUGCAUUUUGGGGGAACGGCGGCGAAUACCCGAGCACCCCUGGAAAUGUCUUACUUUGCGCCUGGGGAAGCAAAUCGUGGGGCAAGCCAGCUCAACGGCCGGAAGAAGUUUGACGAGGAACACGUCGAUCGGCCGCGUUGGUUUCUCCUUGGGGGCCGGAAGUUUGAUAAGCACUGGGUGGUACCGAAGGAGCUGGAGGACGCAUUUAAAGGACGGUCAGAGACUGGCUGCUUUCAUCUUACUACCAACUGA